CUCAAAAUACAGAAUGACAUAACCACUGUGCAGUGCGCGAGGUGCGAGGUUGAGUGUUUUUAAAUUAAAUGCUGGAUUAAAAUUGUAUUCAAUACAAUUUGAAGUAUUAAACAAUAAACUCAGUGACCAUGUCGUACGCUCUUAUCCGCCAUUUACGCCGUACGGCGUUAUUAUCACAACAAAUUCGAGUGGAAUCCACAAUGACGAGCCUGACUCCGGAAGACAUCAUAUUUCGGCCUCCUAUGGCUCAAUGGGGCAAAGUUAUCAGAGAAGCAGAGAAGAUAGUUGGAUAUCCGACCUCUUUCAUGAACCUACGAUGGUUAUUAAGCGACGAAUUCGCCAAUUUAGCGAUGCAUUUGCGCACAGUUGUUGGCAUGAACCACCCCAUCAUAAAGACCGCAAAGAUGCUUCUACACAACGACCAUAACAACUUGCAGCCUUGGGGGCUCAUCAUACUCCUACUCUCCAAGGCAGUCAACCCACCGACAUCACUCCUAACCAGCACAGUUACGCAAAACCAGAGAAUACUUGCAGAACUCACAGAAAUGAUCCGAACUGGACACUACGUACACCGAGGCUUAUUAAACAUACCACCGAGCGACCGCAACAAAAGCUGUGACUCAUCUAUAUUUGCCAACAAAAUAGCCAUUCUUAUUGGAGACUAUUUACUUGUAACCGCAAACGGAAUGUUGGCUAGGCUAAAAAAUCAGGACCUUUCAUAUUUAAUAUCUACUGCGUUACGAGAUAUCAGUGAAGGAGAGUUCUAUGGACAUAGAGACGCACAAAACAUGCCUGUGCCAGGGAAACCAGUGCAAAAUACAAGUGAUGUGUAUGAGAUAUGCAGUGACACAUUACCGUUAGAAGUGAAAGAUGUCCUCGGUUCACCAGUAAGAGAAUGGACUUUACGGUCAAUGUACAACGGAGGAUCUCUGUUUGGUAGAGGCUGCCAAGGAGCACUAGUACUAGGCGAACAUGACUUAAAGAAGCAGGAAACCGCUUACAAAUUCGGCAGCCAUCUCUGUUUAGCAUGGCAAGCAGCUACCGAAGUACAAAAAAUGACAUCGGACAAAGAUUCCUUCUCAAUAGUAAGUGCACCAGUGUUAUUUGCAAUAAAUGAAAAACCUCACUUAUAUGAACUUGUAGCGAAUGUUCAGAACAUUACGGAGGUAGAUUUAGAAGUAUUAAAAGCAGAGGUUUUGAAGACAGACGCUGUAGAACGGACUCGGUUAUUGUAUGUGGAGCAUGCGGAUAAAGCAAAGAGUUACGUUGAAGAGUUCGGUGAGUGUCAAUCAAUAGACACUAUAAAACAGAUGAUUUACACUUUGUAGUGAAAGUUCUAGUUUAAAAUACACUAUAGACCUUUUUCAGGAAUUGAAAUACAUAUUAGUUUUUCAAGAGAGUGGUUCUGUGUUUUACAGGAUUUAUGAUUGUUGAAUGAAAGUUAAUAAUUAAUAGAAAUGACACGUUAAAAUGGCAUCCAUGUUGUAUUAUACUGUACCAGAGAUAUUCUAUUUACAUUGUCAGAGAAUAAUGCUAUGAUAUUUGUUGUUGACGUUAAAGUUUCCAAUAUAUUGAUACUUUAAGGAGUUGUUUCACAAUGUCUGGAUAGCCACUAUCCUAUGGAAUAAGAAUAUAAUUUAUAUGCACUAUCUGUCACAUAAGUUUAUCGGACAAAUAUAUUGCAACCUUAGAAUGAAAGUGACUUAACUGAAAAUUUCUGUAACAUUAGAUUUACUCUAUAACCAAAGAACUAAUCCAUAAAUCUAGUAAAAAUCAAUCGUAUGUCAUGGAAUGCGGAAGAGAUGUACUAAAAAAUAUUCAUUACUAUAAUUUUCUUGAGACAAUCUGGUUCAUUUCCCACAACUUGCAGUUUUUGGAUUCGGUCACUUAUAUUCUAAGGGUGUGAUAUGAAGGUGGUAAAACAGGCACUAAAACUGCUCUGUAUAAAUAUGUAAGUAUAUGCAACUAUAAAAAGCCAUCAAUGAUUUUUUUAAACCUUGAUAUUCACGCUAAACCUUGAAAUUGUGUUAAUUCAUUCUAAUUUACACCUUAACGUUAUUUGUUUAAGACUUGAUUUGCAAUGGCAUUAAUACCCUCAGUGUAAAUGACACUCAAGUGAUGUUUUCUAAUUGUGUUUUAAAAUCAACUCAACAUAUCAGUUUGUGUAUUGUAAUUUUUUAUUUAUUUUUUAAUUUUGAGGCUUAAGCUGCUUAUUUGUUUAAUAUUUGGACAUGUUUUUGUUUACUUAGUAAACAUUAUUGGCUUUUUUAUAAAUAUUAUUUAAUUAUUAUCAGUAGUGAUAAAUGAAUUUUGGAAUUAGAUACUGUACUCUUAUGUACUAGAGUUUCCUUCGAAACGAAACGAGAGCACGUUCAACUGCGCGUUCAACUACCAACCAAUCAGAAGCGUCGAACGCGCUCUCAUUUCAUUUUCAUUCAACAUAAAGCAAACUCGUACUAAGGAUACAGUACCUAUGGCAGUAAAUUCGGCUUCUGUCAUUGUUCCUGGGACUGCAGUCUCGACAUUGAUAGCGACAAUUUAAAAAUCAAUCGCGAAGUCGUGAAUUUUCAUUCAUCAUUAGACUUUCAACCUUAUGAUUUUGUAAUUAAGUCUAAAAUCAAUUAACCGGAAUUCACGACUAAUAAACGAUUCUUGUCGAGACUACCUUUCCUUUGGAACUUUAAAUUAGUGAAAAGUGUAUUAUAGGUUUAGGUUUACCUACCCCCCUUAAGGGGAUGAACGGUGUGAUAUAAUUAUAUUUGCUUUUUCGUUGGUUAUAUUUGCUUUACACAAAUAUUGUUAUUCUGUUUAACUUUUAUAAUUAAUUUGCCAAUCCAGUGCUAAUUAUUUGUUUAUUUUAAGACGUUACCAUAUAAAGUGCAAAACAUAUAAAAUAAACCUCAUGAAAUGAGUCUACAAUUAGGUAGUUUCCUAGGUCAAAAAUAAAUCAUUUUAACUUUUCAACACAAUAUAAUACACAAAAUAAUCGUACAUUCAUUGAUUUGUAAUAAGUGUGCAAUUUGACUCGAAACUUUGAUGACGUCUAUGGAUUAGCGAACCUCCUUCAUUUUGGAAGUUGGUUAAACAUUUUUAGAUUCGAAAUCGUUUACAUGUGUUAUCGUAGUAGCUACGCCGUAGUACGCUACGACUAUGGUUCCCGACAUUUUAAUUUUUAUUCAACAAACUCAUAAUUUUGUACUUUACUAUUCCUCUUUAUUGUUAAGAUAAGAAUGGCACUAACAAUAAAUGUGAUUUGUCUCCAAAUGUCGCUUAGAAAUAGUUAAUUUGUUUAAGCAUUUAUUAUAACUAUUGUUAUACUUAAUUUUAUUAUUUAAUACCUCUAAAGCAGAAGACAAAAUUACCCAGAACCCUAAUUAGUUACGUACUGUAACGUUACACGUAUCAUGUGUUGUUACAAGUUUCACGUUCUCUGUUGCAUGUUGCUGUUCCAUUCCAUGUUGCAAUGGUCGUUUGUCACUAUUAUAAAUAUCUAAUUACAUUUCUUGGUUUUUAAACGUUAUAUCUAAAUUAUAUGAACUAGUAUUUCUUAUAUGUUGCAAGUUACGGACGACGUUAUGCUACAGCCUCUGUUACGUAACGUGUCCUAUAACAGAACAUUUUGUCUACUGUCGAAUGAGGCUUAACUUAUUGUUGUAAAAUCAUUGUUUUAGUGCAAUUAGUUGUAAGAUAAGUUAACAAUUUGUUACCUAUAGUUGUUACAUUUGUGAGAAUUAUACGGAUUUUAACUUUUUUAA